AUGCGUGGCGCAAAGUUACAAGCGGCGUUGGUAAAACGUCGUGAAGCUGAACAGAUCAAGUAUCAAAAGUCGGCCGCUGUUGAACGAUACUACGACCAGUGGGGACGUAUCACAAGCCGGUACGAGUCAUGGACAACACCGCAGUAUUACCGGGAAGCUGAAGCAGCCUGCAGGAAGCGUGAAAAUGAAAAGAUAAAGCAGGAAGCACUGGUUGCGAAACGGAACCGGCUCAAAGAAUUGCUGCAAAAGGAAAACGAACAGCUUCAAAGGGAGAUGGAAGCUAUUUCCCGUCCGAAAUCGAAAACGUUAUCAACAGAAAUUUUGGAAGGUAUUCGUUCCCGGCUACAGAGCACUGAACACAACAAAAAGCGAAUGGACCUCGAGGCAAAUUUGUAUAGUAAAUGGCGCUUAGGUUAUGAUCGUGAUGCUGUUAUACUGGACUCGAAAACAAGCCAUCAAGCAAUGGCGAAAUUAAAUUGGAUCGAUCGACAAGUAGAGAUGCAGUUGCAAGAUGAGAAAGAUCGACGAGAUCGAGAAGAACGUGAGUUAAAGUUACACGAAGAAGUACGACGCAGAGAUGAGGUGCUUUUGGAAAAAAGUCGCAUGCGUGAGCAUGAAAUGAAGGAAUUGCGCAGCUUGCAGGAGAUGCAUAUGGUAGAACUGAAACAACGUGAAAAAGAAGCUAACGAGCAGAAGAUGUAUGAGGCACGAUUGAAAACUAAAAAGGAAGAAAUGGUCACCGAACUAGAGCAGCUCCGUGUGUACAACGACCAGCGGCGCGAUCGUGUGGUAGCGAUGCAUAACUUAAGGCGUAUCAAAAUGCUGCUACGUGAACGAUCAGAAGCGAUUCGUAAUGAUUUGCUACACGACAUUCAGCUGCUCCAACGAAUUGCAAUUGAUAGUACGGCAGCUGCCGAGAGUACAGAAGGGAUAGAGUAUUUGCGACGAAAGUUUCAGCUACAAUAUGAACUAGAGGUAGAGCAACAGAUGAUGAUCGAAAAUAUGUACGAAUCGGAAGCGAAGCACAAUCUGACAAAAUGCGAAGACAAGUGGAACAGUGAAGCGACUAUUCGCGAGCAACAGCUGAGAUGUUUGUUAGAAGAUCGGUUAAUAGAUUUUGAGACAAAACUUGUUGAAUGCACUCAACGGCAACGAGAACUGAUCGAGGUUCGAGAACAACAUAUCAAAGCCAUUGAAGGAGCAAGUCACAGGCUUAAGGAACUCAUGUCAGGCAAAUCACGCGAUGAGUACGUUACUUCAGCAAAUAACAGUCAGUUGAAGGAUAUGCUUGUUUUUCGCGAACACGACAUAAAAAAGCAACAGAGUAAAGCAAACACUAAUGAAGUCCAAAUAGAACGACGAUUAUCGACGUCACUAAGCUCGCAACGUAAUAACACAUUCAACAGUAUAUUUCCGUUUGCCACGUGCGAUGAUUUAAACCUACCCGUAAAUCGACUACACAUCGAGCAACAAAAUAGCACUCAAAAUGGUUCAAACGGGUUAAAUGUGCCUCGAUUUGGUAAAAAGAAAGUAGCAUGGUGUUAGGGAAAAAAAUCACAGCUGAGUGUUUGCGUCGACUAUAGACUCAUUUUUAAACAAAUGCCCGAUGCUAGUACUAGAGCUAGAGAAUGUGGUUUAGUGUG